UGCGCCGCGGUCCGGCUCGGGCCUGUCGACGGCGGCCGGACCGUCUGGUUCCGUGUACGGUGGCGCAUCAGCCGGCUCGACCUCCGGUUUGCCACCAAACAUCAUCUGCUUUGGCUUACAACGCUAGCAGUCCUUUGUGUCUCACACCAGCGGCUCCACCUGUCCAGCUUCUUACGUUCGGUGAUUGGUUUCCCGAUAUGCUCCCCGCCGCAUGAUACCCGUCCGAUCGUCACAGCUUUCAUUCCAUCUUCUCGCCUUCCAAUAGCGACAAGCCUCUUCUAAACCAUUUGCGCCUUUUGACUUCCCCCUCUCUUCCUUCGGAAUUCCGAGCCGAUGGAAAGCUCGUGCCCACCGCGCGCUUUCCGCUACAACGCCACGCUGUGCGCCUGCGACCCCGGGUACUACCUCGCCGGCGGCGGCGGCGCCUGUCAGCCCUUCGAUGCCCCUAGUGGCGAGUGGAUGACCAGCUCCGGGGUGGACCCGACCCCGACCAUCUUCGCCACCGUCCUCCCCAUCAAGCGGUUCACCCCCUCCCAGGCCUUCUUCCUCUUCGCUACCCUCGCCACCCUCCUCUCCUGGCUUGCAUUCUGCGCCGCCCUCCGCUUCCGGAGGUUGGACGGUGUUUUGUUUCGUCUCCGCUGGGGGAUCAGCCGCCUCGAUUUCUGCUUCGCCACCAGGCAUUGGCUGGAUGAUCAGAUGGUGGUGAGAAAGAGGAAAACAGAGUUGGGUGGGACUUUCUCUGUAGCCAGUUGGAUAUUCUUCAUUGGCCUUUUAUCUACGUUGUUAUAUCAGGUUAUUGCAAAACGAAAUAUUGAGGUCCGUAGAGUCAGACCAACCAAUGCUCCAGACUUACUAUCGUUUGUUAAUGACAUGGAAUUUAAUAUAACUACAAUAUCUAGCAUGAGUUGUUCACAUUUAAGGGGUCUUGACACUCUGGUGGUUGGGGCUCCUGGCUUCAUUGACUACAAAGUUUUGCCCCUGUCAACCUAUGUAAAUUAUUCUUGUUACAACACAAGCAGGGGACCUACUAUUUCACUUAAGUGCAACAAUUGUCAGGUUCCACGGCAAGAUCACUACAUUACAUGGCAGUUUAUUGACCUUCCAAGUAAUCCUGCUGCUGCUGUUGGUUUUCAUUUCAACGUAUCUGCAAAGGGCCAUGGUGAUGAUAAACAUGUGAGCUUUGUCAGUGGCACACUGAAAUCUGCAAGUUACUCAAACGAUACACCAGUAACUUUUCGAGGGCGGGAUCUUAACAUAUUCAAAAUCCACUUGUUUCCAGAAAGAUUUAUCUAUCUACAUGAUUUGAGGCUCAUUCAGCCCCUAUUUCAUGACUUUCUUCCUGGUUCAUCUUUUUCUGAAGCUAGUGACCUCCAAGCUUCUCUUCAAAGUUCCAAGGAUGGGUUAGUAAAUGCUACAUUGUAUAUUAGCUACCUUUCUGAUUACAUUGUGGAGAUUGACAAAGAAAAUGUGGUGGGGAUUGUGGGUUUCCUUGCCGAUGUUGGAGGCCUUUAUGUGAUUAGUCUUUCAAUUUUCCUAUAUUUCUUACUCCAAUGUGAGUCCAGAAUCAAGAAGCUGCAAAAUGAGGAUGGUGUCAUGCGAGAUGUCAGGCGCAAGAGACGUGCUCAGAAACAUUGGAAUAAGUUAAGGAAAUAUGUCAGGUACACCUGGGGCCGUAGUAACUUGAAUAUUAGAAGCGGAAGUAGCAAACGGCAUGGCGGUUCAAUGAUAGAUUCUUUUCGUGGAAUUGGAUCUCUCCACAGAAAAAAACAAACAAGUAGAAGGGAUUCUGCAUAUCUUGACAAAAUGGGGAAUAUCCCUGAUGAGAAUAUUCUUCCAGAGGCUGUUUCUACUGGUAGUAACAAGUCAAGAUCGGCUAGCUGGUCAGCAAAGUUUGAUGAGAUGCUCCCUUGUUCGGAGGGUGGACACGAAAUGGUUGUGAUUAAGGAGGAUGCGAAAAAACAACAGUCGACUUCCCUUUAUGGAAGCCAGCCCAAAUUAGAUAUUCACAAGGAUAAGGAACUGUCAUAUUCUUGUCCUGGUAAUUGCCAACAAGCAGAAUCAUUGUCAACCCACAUGGAAAGAUAGUUAUGCAUAUUCAUUUCCAAAUUUAGAAUUUAUCACUAUCAAUGAUGGCAGUGAAAUUUCAAAUUCUUAGUGAAGCCAUGACAUUCAUAUAAUUCUGGUGUUCAAAUGAUUUAUUCUCAGUCGAGAAGUGGUAAACUCCAACAUACUUGCCCACUGCUUGCAGAAUUAUGCUGAAGAGACAACUGCUACUGAAAGAUUGCGCAGCUACAUUUGUGUUUCCAGAGGGUACAACAUUCAGUCCCUGGUGUUGAGCUUUUCUUUUACAGGGCAAAGUAAAAGGCAAAGGUUCCUCCUUUCUGUUUUCAAUUAAGGAAUUGUUUGGGCAAGCCAAAAAGUAAUGCUUUCUCUCCUCUGAAGAAGAUGCUACUGAGAUAAAAGCCAUUUCAAUGAUUGAAAGACUGGCAAAACGCACAGGAAACACAAGUCAAGCAAGAGGGUCCAAAGAGUAUUACUGGCUUGAGAAAACGGUUAGCAGGCAUGAUCGGUUUUUGUUUGAUGUGGAUGUAUAUAAUGGAGCUGAGAUAUUUUAUUUAGUACAAGAGGUAUUCUAAAUUAUCCAUAUAUAUCAUGUAAAGAAACUGUUUUGAAUAUUACUAGAUUAUUUUAUUUGUUGUGAAUAUAGUGAUUUUACCUGUAUCAGGCAUUCCGAAA